CUGAUCGACCAAUUGAUCGACCAACUGGUUGGGCAACUGAUCGUCCAACUGAUCGACCAACUGAUCGACCAACUGAUCGUCCAACUGGUCGACCAACUGAUCGUCCAACUGAUCGACCAACUGAUCGACCAACUGAUCGUCCAACUAGUCGACCAACUGGUCGACCAACUGAUCGUUCAACUGGUCGACCAACUGAUCGACCAACUGAUCGUCCAACUGAUCUACCAACUGAUCGACCAACUGGUUGACCAACUGAUCGACCAACUGAUCGACCAACUGGUCGUCCAACUGGUCGAGCAACUGGUUGACCAACUGAUCGUCCAACUGAUCUACCAACUGAUCGACCAACUGGUCGACCAACUGAUCGACCAACUGAUCGUCCAACUGGUCGACCAACUGGUUGACCAACUGAUCGACCAACUGAUCGACCAACUGGUCGACCAACUGAUCGACCAACUGGUCGUCCAACUGAUCUACCAACUGAUCGACCAACUGGUCGACCAACUGAUCGUCCAACUGGUCGACCAACUGGUCGACCAACUGAUCGUCCAACUAGUCGACCAACUGAUCGACCAACUGAUCGUCCAACUGAUCGUCCAACUGAUCGACCAACUGAUCGACCAACUGAUCGUCCAACUGGUCGACCAACUGAUCUUCCAACUGAUCGACCAACUGAUCGUCCAACUCGCUUCUAUCUAA